GUGCAGAAGGCCGCAAGGGUUGCCGCAGCCGAGAAGACGGUUGAAGCCGCAGCAAAGAGGGAGAGCAAGCAAGUGCAGAAAGGGCAGCUGAAGGAGACGAAGGCAUCGGGAAAGGGUCGCGGACGCGGCCGGGGCCGUGGCCGAAAGGCAGAGCAAGGAAAGGAGAAUGAAAAGGAUGCUGGAAACAAGGAGGAGGAUGCAUUGGAGAUGGAGGUGCCAAAGCCUGCCCCGAAGAAAGCCUCCAAGGCGAAAGCCAAGACCCAGGUCGAGGAAGCCCCGUGCGAGAAUGCUAUCAAGUUCGACUGGGAGACCAAGGCACGACCCGUCAGAGAGCUGAAGCAUGGUAACGUGCUGGUGCCCAAAGAUUUCCGCGGCCAAGCCAAAUCGUACACCCUGUGGACCCUGAACUCACUGUAUGUGAAUACCGUGGUGAACAACAACCUCGGUGUGAAGGUCAAUGCCAAAGGCGGUGCCACCUUGUGA